AUGACCAGAAAGAACAAACAAGAUUUGGUUCAGUUUGAUCUAGAAAUUGAAAGGAGUUUCCAUAUAUUACACAGAGCUCAGAAAGAACAAUCUUCUACUUCUAGUUCUAUGUCUGCAGAUCCUUCAAGGAGAAUGGUAUUUGGUCACGGCAACACACUGAGGGAGUUGGCAGCUCCUGAUGGUUCAUAUCAACCUCUUUGCAUUGAGUAUCCUGAGUUUGAAGUUGAUUUUGAGUUAAGAUCAGGUAUUAUACAUUUGUUGCCUAAAUUCCAUGGACAUUCAGGUGAGGAUCCAAAUCGACACCUGCAGGAAUUCCAUCUGGUAUGCUCUACUAUGAAACCUCAGGGAAUUUCGGAGGAGGAUAUUAAACUGAGAGCAUUUCCAUUUUCUUUGGCUGAUGUAGCUAAAGAUUGGCUAUUCUAUUUGCCUUCAGGGACUAUUACUUGUUGGAGUGAUAUGAGGAGGGUAUUUCUGGAUAAUUUUUUUCCUGCCUCUAGAACAGCAUCAAUUAGGAAAAGCAUUUGUGGAAUUCAGCAAGCUACUGGUGAAACACUUCAUGAAUAUUGGGAGAGGUUUAAAAGGUUAUGUGCAAGCUGUCCACAACAUCAAAUAAGUGAUCAAUUGUUAAUUCAAUAUUUCUAUGAAGGGUUAUUGCUCAUGGAUAGGAGCAUGAUAGAUGCUGCUAGUGGAGGAGCUUUGGUGAAUAAGACACCUAAUGAUGCUAGGGAUUUGAUAGAAACAAUGGCAGCAAAUUACCAGCAAUUUGGUACAAGACCUAUGGUAGCGAGGGGUGUUCAUGAAGCUCAGAUUUUAAACUCGGGACAAAGUAGAAUUGAGAGUAAAUUAGAGGAAAUGUUGAAUAUGAUUGAGUUGGCGGCAGCUCAGAUGACAUUAAAUCAGCAACCUCAACAGCAAGUUGCAGAAUCUGCACAGGCAAUUAAAAUAUGUGGAUUCUGUGCCAGUAGUUGGCAUUCAACAGAUACUUGUCCUAGUUUGCAACCAGAGGAGUACAAUUUAGUAGCUGAGCAAUCUGUGGUAGAAGCUAGUGUUUUCCCUAAUCGUCCACAAUAUCAGCAAGGCAAUCUACAAGUGAAGUAUGAUCCUAUGUCACCUACUUAUAAUCCAGGAUGGAGGGAUCAUCCGAACCUGAGAUAUGGAAAUAAUUCAGCAGCCCAGCAGUUUUUUCCGCAGGAAAGUCAGAAUAAUAAUUUAUCAGGCAAUCAGAGACCACCGGGGUUUUACAAUAGCACAGUUCCGAACAGAAUAGAACCAUUUCAGCAGUUUCAGCAACCUGUUCCACCAUUUCAGUAG